UGACGUCGCAAAUCAGCUGAUCUUCCGUAGACAUCUUUACGAGUCACGACUGCGGUGUUUAAUUCAUACCUCCUCGUCUGUGAUUUUGGGGGCCCUCGCGGAUCUUUGACAGCUGCAACCAUGGCGCUCAGCGAUGCCGAUGUUCAGAAGCAGAUCAAGCACAUGAUGGCCUUCAUUGAACAGGAGGCCAAUGAGAAGGCAGAAGAGAUCGAUGCAAAGGCAGAAGAAGAGUUCAACAUCGAGAAGGGCCGUCUGGUCCAAACUCAGAGGCUGAAGAUCAUGGAGUACUACGAGAAGAAAGAGAAGCAGAUCGAGCAGCAGAAGAAAAUUCAAAUGUCAAACCUGAUGAACCAGGCUCGGCUGAAGGUGCUGAAGUCCCGCGAUGAUAUGAUCUCGGAAAUGCUGAAUGACGCCCGCCAGCGGCUCGCUAACGUUGCAAAAGACCAGGCCAGGUAUCCAGCUCUGAUGGACGGAUUGAUCUUACAGGGCUUCUAUCAGCUCCUGGAGCCCAAAGUGACGAUUCGCUGCCGUAAACAGGACCUGCAGAUUGUACAGGCUUCCAUUCAGAGGAAUAUUCCCAUUUAUAAAGCAGCUGUGAAGAACAACAUCGAGGUCCGCAUCGACCAGGACAACUUUAUCUCCCCAGAUGUCUCUGGAGGUGUUGAGAUCUACAACGGUGACGGAAAGAUCAAGGUGUCCAACACCCUGGAGAGCAGACUGGACCUCAUGGCUCAGCAGAUGAUGCCGGAAAUCCGAGUGGCUCUCUUCGGUGCCAACCCGAAUCGCAAGUUUAUGGAUUAAAUAUCUCUGCUGUAUAAGAGUUAAAAAAAAAAUCCUUUUUAUUUUCAUGAAAGACGUCAUUCCUCUGUCUGUGAAACGAAUUUUUCUGGUGCAAAAGAGUCGUUGUUGUGUGAUGUAUUCCUGUAUUUCUUCUGUGCAUUAAGGGACGUGAUGGAUGCUGCAGCUCCACAUACACAGACGUGCAUCGUGGGUACUGCACAGUCGUUUACUCUGCUGCUCGCCCUUCGAGGGUCUCGGUUUACACUGAUUAGUCAGGGAUGACGGGAUCUGGUGAUUGGCUGGAUUUUAACAAGUCGUCCUCUAAUUGGAUCAUGACAAACACAGCAUCCGUGUCACAGUUUCAUUAACCUCUUCCCAACCUCAUAUAAGUCGGGGCAUUUUGUUGCUAAUGGAUAUCUGCUCCAACCAGUUACAGAGAAAACAGAUGGUAUCCUAGAAACAAAUCUGAAGACCGUACAUGCCCUUUCCAAAUUAAUUUAUUGAUGUGUGUUAUUCAGAAUUACACGAAUGGGUGAUAUCAUUCCAGAGGGUGCACUGUAUGUAUAUGAAGUUUCCAGAUUAAAUUAUGUGUGGUUGUUUUUUUUUUGUUUGUUUGUUUUUGUGUCUCAAACUAAAGAUGUUAUAUUGUGGAAAUGUACGACAUAAUAAAAUAUAAAUCAUUAGUAUCA